CAGCCCUCAGUUGCGUGGCAGUGAUGAUGUAACGCGCAUUAUCCACUGCGGCAUCCGGGUCCAAAACUCCAUCCGCGCGGAGAGAGCGAGUUGUUUUGAGCGCGAGGCUCCGGCAGCCCCCCCUCGGGAAAACAACCAAAAAACGGAGCCAGAAGUGCUCCACCGCUCAGCUGCGGACUGCUUUAACGGGAUCAUGAGAUGUAUUUCAUAUGUUUAUAUAUAUAUUUUUCGUAAUCGAUUUCUGGCAGUUUUGAUGUUAGUUUGCUUGCUAAUUGACUAGACAUCGAUUGAUGGGUGUUUUGACUGUGGACGCUGGUUUAUAGUAUUUGCUAUCUGGCCCAGCUUAAGACUCUUAACCGCGGCUUUGGUGCCUCUGAGUUUCUUCCUCCAGCAAAGACCACGAAGAAGCUGGAGCAAAAUAAGAAGAAUGGGUGCGUUCUUAGACAAGCCAAAGAUGGAGAAGCACAAUGCUCACGGGGAGGGGAACGGCCUGCGCUACGGACUCAGCAGCAUGCAGGGCUGGCGUGUGGAGAUGGAGGACGCACACACAGCUGUGAUAGGGCUGCCUUACAGCCUCAGCCUGUGGUCAUUCUUUGCCGUCUACGAUGGACAUGCAGGUUCUCAGGUUGCUCGUUACUGCUGUGAGCAUCUGCUGGAACACAUCACCAGUAACCCGGACUUCAGGGCAGGCUGCUCAGGGGGUGUGGACUCAAUUAAUGCUGAGCCCUCCGUGGAGAGUGUGAAAUGUGGAAUCCGCACAGGCUUCCUGCAGAUCGACGAGCACAUGCGGGCCAUGUCCGAGCGCAAGCACGGGGCGGACCGCAGUGGAUCCACGGCGGUGGGUGUGAUGAUUUCCCCUCAUCAUUUCUAUUUCAUCAAUUGUGGGGAUUCCAGAGCCUUGCUGAGCCGCAAGGGUCGCGUUCACUUCUUCACACAGGACCACAAGCCCAGUAACCCCCUAGAAAAGGAGAGAAUCCAGAACGCAGGUGGUUCUGUUAUGAUCCAGAGGGUCAAUGGCUCCCUCGCUGUCUCCCGUGCUCUUGGCGACUUCGACUACAAGUGCGUUCAUGGGAAAGGCCCCACUGAGCAGCUGGUGUCCCCGGAGCCAGAAGUGUAUGAGAUCGAACGCUCUGAAGCUGAGGAUGAAUUUGUGGUGCUGGCCUGUGAUGGCAUUUGGGACGUCAUGGCCAACGAAGAACUGUGUGAUUUUGUGCGUUCACGCUUAGAAGUGACAGAGGACCUGGAGAGAGUGUGUAAUGAGAUCGUGGAUACAUGUUUGUACAAGGGUAGUCGAGACAACAUGAGUGUGGUGCUGAUAUGUUUUCCUGGUGCCCCAAAAAUCAACCCAGAAGCCGUGAAGCGAGAGGUGGAGUUAGAUAAGUACCUGCAGAACAGAGAGGGCGGAGCAUGUAAAAAGACAAGUAAAUAAAAUAUAUUAUUAAGGCUAAGAGAGAGUUAUAGAAGGUGAGCAUUCUUACUUAAUUAGGAGAGUUUCUUAGAUGGCAGUUUACACUUGCCAAUGAAGUAUACGUUACAGUUAACGAAAAAUGUCCAAUUAACGAAUCCCCAUAUUGGAGAGGAAAGACUCAUUGGUACUGUAUAAGCACAGUUAGGCCUAUUCGGGAACAAAUUUAACCAGAGAGAAGUACCACAUUGUGAAUUUAUUUGAGCUUAUAUUGAUAUCUAGAGGCCUUUAAUUAUUUAUUGCCAGUAUUGAAAAGCACUUACACAAUUUAGAGGUAACCUGUAGCUUUACCAGAGGUUUUAUUGUAGUGCAUCCGAGAAUCCUCUACUCCAGUACAUGUAACUUAGUCUAUUAUUAGCUACUAAGUGAUGGUGAGUAAGUGCAAUUGUAGAUUAGGAAAAAGGAAUGAUGAAAACCCAACAUUUGGCUCUGCACUUUUUCAUUAAACGCUGCUAAACUUAAAGGCAUCUUCUAUUAAUAAGAGAGUAACCAAAUUUGAGAUCUCAGUUAGAAUACAAUGUGGGGGGGGGGGGUUUCGAACAGAAUUAAUACAGAGUGUAGUUUUGCGUUCUGUUUGUGACUGUGGGUUCUUCAGAUAGUUGUAUUCAUCCACUUGUACAAGCAUGUGUUUAAGUCUGGCACCCGUUUCGUUUGCAUCUUUCUGAAAAGUCAAUCUAAAUGAGAGUGAAUGUCAGGCCUCUACUGCUGAUUACCUAAAAUUGUAGCUGACACUACUGUACGUGGCCUGAUGGUGCAGUUUUGCCUACAGCAGUGGCCGUGAGCAUUUUAAUCUGCAUGAUUCCUGUUCUGUAAUAUGGAACAUUGUUGCCUUAGUCCUAAUUUACAGUAACUACCUUGAUUAGAAUCGAUAGGUUAGCACUUGGCAUCCAACCUCAACGCUUGGAUGAGUAAAAUUAAAUCCAUUGGACACAUGGUACUGAAAGCAUGCACUGUACCAAUAGCACGAUAAGUUGUGUACACCUCCUGCAUGUACGCUACAUUAAGAAAAAAACAGGGAUAGAUCUUAUUUCAAAUUAAGUUGGUCUGACAUAAGUUUUAAACUUUGUACAGUAUACAUUUGUAACCCCUGAAAAAAGCUAAAAGCUAAAGCAAAAAUUGAACACAGAAUAUGAAAGGUUGUGUCAAUGUUUUACAAAAGUUGUUUACUACGUGUUGCCUCAAACAGACAAUUUGUAAAUUUUUUGGUUUGUUUGUAACUAUUAAGAAAAACUAAUUUAGUUAGGAAAUUCUUAGUGCAGAGAGUGGUAUUCAGCCUGCCAGCACUUUUUGAGAUAUAGAUCCUUGUUGGUACAUUGAUUGAACAUUUAUAGUAAAAGGUACUCCGCUUUUGUGUCUGUAAAACCCAACUGGAAUUGGCUUUUUGUCCUUCUGUACCUAAGAUUUUGGAAGCCUUUCAUUCAAUUUUUUAACCCUUUAGACUUGUCCUUACAUGGCGUGACUCGACAGGAUUUUAACGACAAGCAAUUUGUCUAAUGUUUUCAAUCAUUUUAAUCAAUUACGGUCCAAACUUAUAGAAACCAAUUGAAAACUUUGAAUCUCAUUAACUUUCAUAAUGUGGACAAAAACACCUGGCAUUUUUUUUUUUUUUUUUUUAUGUAGAAGAACAUUUAAAACAUCACUUUGAGGUUUGGAGUAAAUGACAGUUAAAAUUUUUGGGAGAACUAUCCCUUUUAAAUGAGGCAUGCAAUCUAUCACAAAACCUGGCUAAUCAGAACAGCUCCCACUGUUUCAGAAUAUGUGAAUUUGUUCUGCCUAGUCCAUGUUUUAAGUUUAGUAGAUAUGAAGUUGAUAUACUUGAGCAGUACUUAAAGGGAUAGUUCACCAAAAAAUUAAAAUUACCCCUUGAUUUACUCAGCCUCAUGUCAUGCUACUCUAAGUGUAUAUGACUUUCUUCUUUCAGACAAAAUCAGAGUUAUAUUAAAAAAUAUCCUAGCCCUUUCAAGCUUUAUAAUGGCAGAGAAUGGGCCAAUGUAAGUCCAAUAAUGUGUGUCCAUCCAUCAUAAAAAGUGCUUCACAUGGCUCCUGGGGGUUAAUAAAGGCCUUCUGAAGUGAAUCGAUAUGUUUGUGUAGGGAAAAUAUCAAUAUUUAAAACUUUAUAAACCGUAAUCUCUUGCUUCUGUUAACUGUUGUAUGUGUGUUCAAGAAAGAGUGGUAGAAGCAGAGUGGAGAGAGCAAAACAAAACUGGUCACGAAAGACAAAAUGAGGAUUUGUAAAGAGAAAUGUCAGAGGAUUUCGGUAUAAACCAAGAUUGGACUAGAUUUCCUUUGCUGUAAUCAAAGCUUUGUUUUUGCAGGACUAGCAUGUUCUCCCUGGAGCUCACAUUAUGCCUAUGUCCUAAGUCUUGCACUGGAAUGCCACUCUCUCGUGUAUCCAUGACCACGUAUGACAGUUAGUGCAAACUAGAGAUUAUGGUUUAGAGUUUUAAAUAUGGAAAUUUUUCUUUCACAUGCUUCAGGGCCUUUAUGAACCCACUCUGGAGCUAUGUGAAGCACUUUUUUUAUAAUGGAUGAAUGCAAAAAUUCAAAAUCUCAACCCCCAUUCACUUCCAUUUUAAAUUUGGGAAGAGGUUGGAUAUGUUUUUAAUAUAACUAUUUUUAAUAAAUGGCUUUAUUUGUCUGAAAGAACAAAGUCAAAUACAGCUAGGAUGGCUUGAGGGUGAGUAAAUCAUUGGGUAAUACACAUUUUUGGGUGUAUUAUCCCUUUAAAUCUAGUCAGUUUUCAGUGUGGAGCUGUGGACAGGUCUACCAGUGCACCACAACAGAAAAAGAAAUGACAUUACCAACAAAAUUGCACCUUGUUACAGUAACUUAUUUUUUGCCUACAUUAGUUAACCAUGGGGAUCUCGGUUUAGCAAAAUGUCCCUUACAACACAAAGAUCCCACACAUUCUUCACAUGUCUUUGUAUUACCAAGAGAUAUAUUUUAGCUUUAAGAUGUGUUUAACUGAAUGAAAAAGUGUGCCUGCUCUAAGAGAGAACUUGAUUGUAGGUCAUUCCUGUGCCAUAUCGGUUUCAUUUUGCUUGGGUUUGUUAUUGUAGCUCCUCACUGUUUGACAUAGCUUGGUAAUCCACUGUUUAUUAAAUUAGCCUUAAUUAUUUUCGUUUUGAUGAGGCAUGUUUGUAUACCUACAAAGAGUGACAAGGUUCUGCUGGGAGAUCCUUUAUUUGUGCCUGCCAGUGAGUCUAUGGCCAGUUGUAGCAUUCAAAUUAACUUUCAAAUUCAUAUAAAGUGAUUUUGUUUGUUUUGUAACAUUAUUCUACUCAAGCAUAAUUUUAGCUUGUGCAUUCAGUAGCACAUUUGACCCCUUAACAGCAAGUGCCAUGCAAGUGAUUUUAAACCAUUCACUUGAGACUAUUGCUGCACAAAGCACAACCCAAACCCCUAAUGAGUCAAGCGUGGGGUGGAAAUAUUGCCUUACAGAAACAUUUAACAGGCAUUAAAUGGGCCAUAUAGUAUUGUAGGAGAUUGCCUUGAUUUCUAGCACUGUAGCACCAUCAAACUGAGAUGUACAGGGAAAGAAAAUGUCAACCUCUAGUCUGUCCUUCUACAAAGUUCAUUGGAUUUCGAGUAAAGCAACCAACUGCAAAUAAAACACAUCAUUGUGACACAUUGGAUAACUUAAAAGAAAAAAAAAAUCUUCUGCAGUAUGAAUCAAAAGGGCAAACAUAGCCCAUUUACUGUCAUAUACUUGCACUGUGUUGUGCUGUUGGUCCCUGUGUGUCACUUCUGUCUUUACCUCUCAGGUCCAAACUGACAAGCAACAGAGGACACUAUUUAUUUGAAUUAUUUAUUGUCUUUAUACUGUAGGAUUUUAUCUUUUUUGAUUGAAACUGUCCAUGCAUUCCAUUUUCUUUAGCCAAAUAAGCACUACUAAUGCAAUGAAAAUCGUAUGUUUUUUUUUCUCCUUGUAUUUUUUGUUAUACACUAGAUCUGUGUCAUAAAUAGUCUGUUUAAACUGAUAGCUAUGUGAGCUCAAAUGCAUCAUGUCUUGGGUUCCUCUAUAAAAAGUAGUUUCUUCACACGCUGUUCACGCUUUUCACUAUUCUGUCAGAGUAGAUCGGUCCAAGGUUGAUGAUGUGUAAGGGGUUACAAUCUAUGAUCGGUCCUUUCUUAACCCAGCAGACUGUUUGUGUCUGUGUUUGUUCAAUUUUACCUCUCAGAAGGUAACAGUUUUAUAAAGCUCAUUUUGAAAGAUUUUUUCAACUACAAUUUCAUAGAAAAGUAUUUCAGUAUUAGAGGGUGAGCACCCAAUAUUUUCUUUCUUUAGUUUUUAUUUUUGUACAUUAGCACCCAGGUAUUAGCAAUGUAGACAAACUGUGAUCUUGUCAUUAUUGGCUGUCAAAGAUGAUUCGAAUAAAAUUAUUUAUGGAAAAGCUGAA